UGUUCUUUCAAUGGUAAAAAAAAUAUAUAUAUAUAUAUAUAUAUAUAUAUAUAUAUAUAUAUACAGUGCUUUGUUUUAAUGUUGGUCUGUUGGUGAAUUAAUUCAAUUUGAGCAUUAGCGAAACACUUCGAAUCGACGCCGCUUUGUUAUGUAACAGUCUCCCAUCAUGCAUUUCGCGCUCAGCGUAUAUAACAAUGAGGAAGUCCUCACUUGGACAGUUGGGCCGAGAAGGAGCUGGGAGCGGUGUGGAAUCUAACCGCUGCGGUUGUUUGCUUUUUGUUUAAACCGCAAACAAAUGCAGAGGAAGUGCCAUGAAGUUGUGCACCUGUGAGGGGCUUCCGUUGGUGGGGUUCUUCAUGUCGCCCCUUGUUCGGUAGCUGUAGUCGGCGUGAGCUCCGGCGACCCUGCGCGGACAUGACAGCGACCACUUCCAGCCCCCAGGGGAUGAGAGACCGGCUGCUGCAGGCCAUCGACGGCCAGAGCAACAUCUGCAACACGGUGAUGGUGGUGGAAGUUUUCUCUCUGCUGGAGAAGUACCCGAUCACCAGGGAGGUUCUGGAGGAAACACGCCUUGGCAAACUGGUGAACGACGUCCGAAAGAAAACCAAGAAUCCGGAUGUUGCCAAGAGAGCUAAGAAGCUGCUGCUCACCUGGCAGAAGUUCAUUGAGCCAGAGCGAGGAGAUGCCGACGCCAAUGGCCUCUCUGCUCCACCUCCAGUCAGCAAAGUGGGUUCAGAGUUGAAGGACCGGAGCGACUUCAACAACUGCUACUCGGCUGUUGGAAAGAAUCACAGCAACAGGAACCAAUGUGAGUCACCACCGACCAAGAAAAGCAAUAAGUAUCUGAGCGGUAAAGACAACCGCUCAGAGGUAAGAGCGACCUGGAAUCAUGGUUCAGACGUGGAGAGGCAAAGUAAAAUCCCUGUGAAUGAAAAUGGCAUCAUACCUCAUCCAAGUGCCCAUGAGCAAACUGCUCCAGUGGACGUGAGCUCCAGGACACACUGCAGGCCGCCAAGUCCUCGACAGCCCCCGGCUGGUCCCGACACACCCAGUCUUGGACCCCCCUUUUUGUCACUUCACGACUCAAGCUUCGACAACAAAGAUCCCAGUUUAUCUCUUCACGUGGUCUACAGCAACGGGACUAGAGGAAGGAAAAGCAAACGGAAAAAGAAAGACAAGGCUGCGGAGUUCGACCCCGACGGGAAACGAUGCGACUCCAAAAGCCUGAAGUUUAAAGACCGCGGGCUGAAGUUCAACCCUGUCACGGGACAGAUCAAACCCUUGUUCCACAAGAGCCCCUCACUGGCCGAGGAGCCCAGACAGGAUCCCACCCUUCAGACUCAGACCACAGAACAUCCAACCCCCGGCACACACGCGUCUUAUGACCCCCUCAAGCAGACGGUCUAUAAAGACCUGUCACAUAAUGAUAUCAUCCAGUCGUACUUCCGGCAGCAAAGCAGCUUGCUGAGCUCCGGGAGCCGAGCGGCAGAGCUGCCAAUAACAGAGGCCUUGAAUACUCACCCAAGUGCCAGUGUCGGCGAGCGACACGAGCUCGUGUCAGAGCCUCCUGCCAGCGACUUCCCUGGCCUCAGUAGAGAGGUGAGCCGCCAGGACACCGACAGACUACACACUCAGCGCUGGUCUGGGGUCAACGGUUGCCAAGACAAUAAAGGAAAUUGGUACGACUGGACACAAUGCAUCUCUCUAGAUCUGCACGGCGACAAGAGUCAGUUGAACAUCCUGCCGUACGUCUGCCUGGAUUGAGAAGAGGGACGCUGCUAUGGUGCUGUGGACAGUGAGAAUCUGAAGCAAUAACUGGUUCAACAGGACCUGAUGUCAAUCUAGUUGGGCCGCGUGGGAUUUCAAAGACCUCCUUGCACCUUAAUCCUUAACUCGACUGAAACGGUGUUAGCCUUUCCAAUGCUUUGUCUGGGUUGGAAUCCUUGCGACUCCCCCCCAGGUGAUUUAACAUUUACAUACAGUGUAUUACAAAAGGAUCUGCAACGAGUUAGUGACUUAUAAUAGGAACUGCCCGGACAAGAUACGUGUUGCUUACGUGGAGUAAAUAUAAAGGCUCCUUCAUGACUUGUCUGUUGCUCACGUCAUCCAACAGUGUCUACUACUCAAUACUGUCUUUAUUAUCCAUUCUAUUUUCAUGUGGUUUGAACGGGUAGAAACCUCCACACUCCUUGCUUUCGGUAUCCAUUACGACUUUCCCCGCCAUUGUUUGCAGACUAUUUGUAUACUGGAGUAUUGUGGAAGGAAGGAGUGACGCUGACAAUUUCGGCAAUAUUAUUUAUUUAAGUGAGCGUGAAGGGUUAUUACUGCUGUCUGACAAUGAAAGGAAGUCCAGGCAUGUUUGCUGAGUCGCCGUGAGAUUUAGCCUCGAACAAGAAUGGCAAGUAUUCAGACGGGUCUGCUGUGUCAUGGAGAUCCUGUCUUCUGGUUGUUGGAAACAGAAGGGUCACAUUUCUGCUUGUAUCUGAAGUUACUUGAAUCUGACAUGUACGAUGUCACACAUCUGAAACUGUUUUGUAUUUAAUAUAUUUGUAAAUGUUAUUUAAAAAAACAAACAAAGGAGCAGUUUGUCUACUUUUGCAUCUUUGUACUAAAAUAAACUGAAACUUGAGUUCGACA